AUGUCAGCCACAACAAGUCUGUCAAGGCAAGCACUCGCCCGUGCUUGGAAACAGGCGCCUUUGCGCUCCACGGCAUUCCGCACAUCCUUCUUCGCCAGGCACAACGCCGCCAGCCAUGUCUGUGCCUACUCGACCGAAGCUCCCCCUCCGCCGCUGCUGGCACAACUCAAGGGCGACCUCAAGGGCGCCAUGAGGGCAAAGGACGCGCCGCGCCUGGCCGUCCUCCGCUCGGUGCUAGCCGCGACGCUCAACGCCAGCAAGACAGGCACACCAAUCACCACCGACGCCGCCCUGGUCGCUCUCCUGCGCAAGACGGCCCGGUCGUACCAGGAAGCCGCCGACGGGUUCCACGCCGCCAACCGUCCGGAUCUGGCCGAGAAGGAGGAGGCGCAGAUCAAGAUCCUCGACGAGUACUCGGCAAAAAGCGGCAUCGAGACCGUCGGCGAGGAGGGACUCAGGGCCAUUGUCCGGGCUGCCAUUGAAGGCCUGCCGGCCGACAAGAUCAAGAAUAUUGGCGAGAUCAUGAAGACAGUGCUCCGUCCUGAUGGCCCUCUGGCUGGCAAGGAUUUCGAGAAGUCCGAGGUAGCGAAGAUCGUCAAGGAGGAAGCAAGUACAUGA